AUGGAAGCACAGUGGCGGAAGGUCCAUGUCAUAGCCGUCGGCAUCCUCUUCACCUUCAACAGCACAUUCGGAUCCUCCAUCGCAUCCGGCGCCCAGACCGAGAUCAAAUCGUACUUCAAUGUCACCUCCGAACCGAUGCUAGUCCUGUUGACAUCGCUCUACAUGGUUGGCUUCACCGUCGGACCACUGGUCUUUGGCCCGCUGAGUGAGCAUCUGGGUCGACGAACAGUCCUCCGGGGCACCUAUAUCGGCUACACAGCUUUCACUCUGGGCUGCGCGCUCGCUCCAACCUUUCCCGGUCUGCUUGUCUUUCGCCUGCUGAGCGGACUCAAUGCGGCCGCACCAAAUGCCAUCACGGGCGGUCUGUAUGCCGAUGUCUUCGACCACCCCGAUGAUCGCGGGAAGGCCAUGUCCAUCUUUAUGGCCAUGACGGUGCUGGGUCCCGAACUAGGCCCGGUCAUAUCCGACUAUGUGUCGCAAGGGUCGUGGCGCUGGGCCUUUUGGGUGGCCCUGAUUGUGGCUGGCGCCGGAAUGCCAGUCAUAUUCCUUAUGCCGGAGACGUAUGCCCCGGUGAUCCUGCGCCAGCGCGCUCACAAGAAUCGCGGCCUGACGCGCAUUCCCACGCUUGAACAGAUCUCAUUACGGAAGGCGCAGCGUGCCGAGCUGUUGCGCGUGUUUAGUCGGCCGUUUAGGAUGCUUGUUCGCGAGCCCAUCCUCCUGUUUUCUUCGUUGUACAUGGCUUUGAUUUAUUCCUUGCUGUAUUUGUUCUUCCAGGCGUAUCCGAUUGUGUUCCGAGAAUUCUAUGGCCUGUCGGUAGGCGUGUCCGGACUGGCCUUUAUACCUAUGAUCAUCGGAUCUUUCAUCGCCUUCGCCAUUUUCCUAACCUACAGCACCUUCCACAGCAAAGCCCUAGCAGCCAAAAAGUCCUGGGCAAUGCAAGAAGAAUUCCGUCGUUUACCACUGGCAGCAAUAGGUGCCCCAUUAAUCACAAUCAGCCUCUUCUGGCUGGCCUGGAUGCCCAAACACGGCAUCUCCCCCAUCGCCGCCAUGAUCGCCGGCAUCUGGUUCGGCACCGGCUACCUCCUCAUCUUCAUCGCCAUGCUCAACUACCUCACCGACGCCUACAAGAGCAACUCGGCCUCCGCGCAAGCUGCCGCCAGUACCAUGCGUUCCGCUGCUGCUGUCGGUCUGCCGUUGGCUGCUAACCCCAUGUACGAUCAUCUGGGCAUCCAUUGGGCGAGUUCGUUGCUGGGGUUCGUGUCCUUGGCGUUGGCGCUGAUUCCGUUUGCGUUUAUUCGGUAUGGGGAUUUGAUGCGUGCGCGGAGUCCGUUUUGUGCGACUAUGGCGGGGACGUAA